AAAGUAUUCUGGCCUAGAACCAGAUCAGUUGUUUUGAAAUUUCAAAUAUCAAUAAGAGUAUCGAAAAGUAAAUCAAGAAAAGAGGGAAGAUUUGAAGAUGAAAUUUUUUCUUGCUAUCGGUUUGCCGAUACUCGUCUUCGUACUAGAGACCAAUUGCGAAGAAGCGUCGAACAAACUGACAUUAACCGAACACGAUGAAUUUGAUGAUCUCGAAGAAUCUCGUGAAAAGCGCUCUGCAUUUGCAUACAAUUCGAUCGGCUGCUUUAAAGAUACAGGACGCAGAGCAAUACCCCAGGCUGAUGGUCGUUUUCCAACAUUGAAAGGAAACUAUCAAAGACGUUCAAAUGCGAUUCAGAAAUGUGCAAAGGUCGCUUCAGAUAAAGGAUACAAAGUCUUCUCAGUUCAGAAUGGAGGAUGGUGCGCCACUGGCCCUAACGCUCAUACAACCUAUAAGAAAUACGGACCUUCAAACGCUUGCAAAGGUGAUGGUAAAGGCGGACCUUGGGCGAAUCAAGUCUACGGAGUGAAUGGAUGGAGGCCAGGCGGACAGAUAUCUUUUGAAACGAGCUCCUCAUUCAAGUAUGCAUCGAUCGGUUGCUUCAAAGAUACAGGACGCAGAGCAAUACCACAGGCUGAUGGUCGUUUUCCAACAUUGAAAGGAAACUAUCAAAGACGUUCAAAUGCGAUUCAGAAAUGUGCAAAGGUCGCUUCAGAUAAAGGAUACAAAGUCUUCUCAGUUCAGAAUGGUGGAUGGUGCGCCACUGGCCCUAACGCUCACACAACCUAUAAGAAAUACGGACCUUCAAAUGCUUGCAAAGGUGAUGGUAAAGGCGGACCUUGGGCAAACCAAGUGUACGGAGUGAAUGGAUGGAGGCCAGGCGGACAGAUAUCUUUUGAAACGAGCUCCUCAUUCAAGUAUGCAUCGAUCGGUUGCUUCAAAGAUACAGGACGCAGAGCAAUACCACAGGCUGAUGGUCGUUUUCCAACAUUGAAAGGAAACUAUCAAAGACGUUCAAAUGCGAUUCAGAAAUGUGCAAAGGUCGCUUCAGAUAAAGGAUACAAAGUCUUCUCAGUUCAGAAUGGAGGAUGGUGCGCUACUGGCCCUAACGCUCAUACAACCUAUAAGAAAUACGGACCCUCAAACGCUUGCAAAGGUGAUGGAAAAGGCGGACCUUGGGCAAACCAAGUUUAUGGAGUGAAUGGAUGGAGGCCAGGCGGACAAAUAUCUUUUGAGACGGGCUCUUCAUUCAAGUAUGCAUCAAUCGGCUGCUUCAAAGAUACAGGACGCAGAGCAAUACCACAGGCUGAUGGUCGUUUUCCAACAUUGAAAGGAAACUAUCAAAGACGUUCAAAUGCGAUUCAGAAAUGUGCAAAGGUCGCUUCAGAUAAAGGAUACAAAGUCUUCUCAGUUCAGAAUGGUGGAUGGUGCGCCACUGGCCCUAACGCUCAUACAACCUAUAAGAAAUACGGACCUUCAAACGCUUGCAAAGGUGAUGGUAAAGGCGGACCUUGGGCGAAUCAAGUCUACGGAGUGAAUGGAUGGAGGCCAGGCGGACAGAUAUCUCUUGAAACGAGCUCCUCAUUCAAGUAUGCAUCGAUCGGUUGCUUCAAAGAUACAGGACGCAGAGCAAUACCACAGGCUGAUGGUCGUUUUCCAACAUUGAAAGGAAACUAUCAAAGACGUUCAAAUGCGAUUCAAAAAUGUGCGAAGGUCGCUUCAGAUAAAGGAUACAAAGUCUUCUCCGUUCAGAAUGGUGGAUGGUGCGCUACUGGCCCGAACGCACAUGAAACCUAUAAGAAAUACGGACCCUCAAACGCUUGCAAGGGUGAUGGAAAAGGCGGACCUUGGGCAAACCAAGUUUAUGGAGUGAAUGGAUGGAGGCCAGGUGGACAAAUAUCUUUUGGAACAAGCUCCCGUAACAAAUAUGCAUCAAUCGGCUGCUUCAAAGAUACAGGAAAUAGAGCAAUACCACAGGCUGAUGGUCGUUUUCCAACAUUGAAAGGGAACUAUCAAAGACGUUCAAAUGCGAUUCAGAAAUGUGCAAAGGUCGCUUCAGAUAAAGGAUACAAAGUCUUUUCAGUUCAAAAUGGAGGAUGGUGCGCCACUGGCCCUAACGCUCACAAAACCUAUAAGAAAUACGGAACUUCGAAAGCUUGCAAAGGUGAUGGUAAAGGCGGACCUUGGGCGAAUCAAGUUUACGGAGUGAAUGGAUGGAGGCCAGGAGGAAUGAUUUCCAUCGGCGGAGAAGGUGGAGAGUUUGACGGACUUAUGCAUAUUUCUUCGGGAAAUACUGUUGGCGAACCUACAGGAGGGGAGAUUUCAAUCAACGGAGAAGGUGAAGAGUUCGACGGUCUUAUGCAUAUUUCAUCCGGCAAUACCGUUGGUGAAACUACAGUAUUGAAAUAUGAAACAAUCGGUUGCUACAAAGACACAGGGAACAGAGCCAUACCUCAGGCAGAUGGUCGCUUUCCCACGUUGAAAGGAAAUUACCAAAGACGUAAAAAUGCGAUUGAGAAAUGUUCCCAAGUUGCUUUGGACAAGGGAUACAAAGUAUUUGCUGUUCAAAAUGGCGGAUGGUGUGCUACAGGACCAAAUGCUCAUAAAACCUAUAACAAAUACGGAUCUUCCAACGCAUGCAAAGGUGAUGGUAAAGGUGGACCUUGGGCAAAUGCAGUCUACGGCGUCACAGGCUGGAGACAAGAAUCUAAACCAGAAUUUGAAAUCGAGAGCGAAAUUGCAGUACGAUACACGUCCAUCGGCUGCUUUAGAGACACUGGAAACAGAGCCAUUCCUCAAGCAGAUGGUAGAUUUCCUACUCUGAAAGGAAAUUACCAAAGACGAGAUAAUGCUAUUGGAAAAUGUGCAAAGGUUGCAGCAGAUAAAGGAUACAAAGUCUUUUCAGUUCAAAACGGUGGAUGGUGUGCCACUGGCCCAGAUGCUCAUCUUACCUAUCAGAAAUAUGGGCCUUCAAGUGCGUGUAAAGGUGAUGGCAAAGGUGGUCCAUGGGCAAAUGCUGUAUAUGGUGUGAAUGGAUGGAAACCUAAACCCCUCGAGAAACUCUCAUUUAUCGAUCUCGGCUGUUGGAGAGACAAAGGUAACAGGGCGAUUACUGGAGUUGAUACCAUACUUACAAAACGAUAUGGACCUUAUACUGCAAGAAAGGAAGCCAUACAGAAAUGUGGUAAUUAUGCAAAGAGCAAAGGAUAUUCAGUAUUUGCUGUACAAAACGGAGGUUGGUGUGCGACAAGUAUAAACGCAGAAGAUACUUUUGACAAGUAUGGACCAUAUUCAACAUGUCGAAAAGACGGUGAAGGAGGACCGUGGGGAAACCAAGUUUACAAAAUUGUGGAGGAAAACUACCGCGUCAAAAUGCAUUUUCGAUAUAUUGGAUGUUACAAAGAUACUGGCAACAGAGCAAUUCCACAAGCUGAUGGAAGAUUUCAGACUCUGAGAGAUAGUUAUCAGCAGAGAAAUAACGCCGUCAAAAAAUGUGCGAUGGUAGCUGCAUCUCUUGGAUAUAAAGCGUUUGCGGUUCAGAAUGGUGGAUGGUGCGCUACUGGAAAGGAUGCUCAUUUAACAUACGGCAAGUACGGGCUUUCAUCUAAUUGCAAGGAAGGUGGAAAAGGUGGAGCUUGGGCAAAUGCAGUAUAUGCUGUUAAUGGAUGGAUGCCAAUCUCUUUGAUUGAUCUUGGUUGUUGGAAAGACACAGGGAAUCGAGCAAUACCAAGUGCUGAUCACAUACUGGCCAAAAAGUUCGGUCCAUACCAAUCAAGAGUCGGUUCCAUACAAAAAUGUGCUCAAUAUGCCAAGAGCAAAGGAUAUUCAGUAUUUGCUGUACAAAACGGAGGUUGGUGUGCGACAAGUAAGAACGCAGAAGAUACUUUUGACAAGUAUGGACCAUAUUCAACAUGUAGACCUGAUGGUGAAGGAGGACCAUGGGGAAGCCAAGUUUACAGAAUUAAAGGAAAAUCGACUAAAAUUGGCAUAAGAUAUACUUCGAUCGGAUGCUUCAGAGAUACAGGAAAUAGAGCGAUUCCUCAGGCAGAUGGCCGUUUUCAAUCCCUUCGAGAUAGUUAUCCACAACGAAAGGAUGCCAUUGCAAAAUGCGCGAGAGUUGCAACUGAUCUAGGAUACAAAGUCUUUGCUGUUCAAAACGGUGGAUGGUGUGCGACUGGUUCUGAGGCUCACAUGACUUAUCAAAAGUAUGGACCUUCAAAUGGUUGUAGAAAUGAUGGUGAAGGUGGACCAUGGGCUAAUCAUGUUUACGGUGUGAAUGGAUGGAAACCUGAGCCUCUCAGUGAACUUUCACUUCUGGAUCUCGGUUGUUGGAGAGACAACGGAAAAAGGGCGAUUCCUGGAGUUGAUACCAUACUUACAAAACGAUAUGGACCUUAUACCGCAAGGAAGGAAGCCAUACAGACAUGUGGUAACUUUGCAAAGAGCAAAGGAUAUUCAAUAUUUGCUGUACAAAACGGAGGUUGGUGUGCGACAAGUAAGAAUGCAGGAAGUACUUUUGACAAGUAUGGACCUUAUUCAACAUGUCGAAAAGAUGGCGAAGGAGGACCAUGGGGAAAUCAAGUUUACAAGAUUGUUGGCAACAAUUUCAAAAUACGAACUCGCUUCAACUACAUUGGGUGUUACAAGGAUACUGGGAAUAGAGCAAUUUCACAGGCAGACGGAAGAUUUCAAACAUUGAGAGACAAUUAUAAACAAAGAAGAAACGCAAUUAGAAAAUGUGCGAUGGUGGCUUCAUCUCUUGGAUAUAAAGUGUUUGCUGUUCAAAAUGGUGGAUGGUGCGCUACUGGCAAGCAUGCUCAUCUAACAUACGGAAAGUAUGGACUUUCAUCAAAUUGUAAGGAGGGUGGAAAAGGUGGAGUCUGGGCAAAUGCAGUAUAUGCUGUUAAUGGAUGGAAACCAAUUCAACUAAUUGAUCUUGGAUGUUGGAAAGACACUGCGAACCGAGCAAUUUCAAGCGUUGAUAAAAUAUUAGCUAAGAAAUUUGGAGCGUAUCAGUCUAGAAUCGGUUCAAUACAAAGAUGUGCUCAAUAUGCUAAGAGCAAAGGAUAUUCAGUAUUUGCUGUACAAAACGGAGGUUGGUGUGCGACAAGUAAGAACGCAGAAGACACUUUUGACAAGUAUGGACCCUAUUCAACAUGUCGAAAGGAUGGCGAAGGAGGACCAUGGGGAAAUCAAGUAUACAAGAUUGGAAACCCAACAAAGCAAGUGUCAUAUGCUUCGAUUGGAUGCUUCAGAGAUACAGGAAAUCGAGCGAUUCCUCAGGCAGAUGGCCGCUUCCAAACCCUGCGAGAUAGUUACACACAACGAAAGGAUGCUAUUGCAAAAUGUGCGCGAGUUGCAACUGAUCUAGGAUACAAAGUCUUUGCUGUUCAAAACGGCGGAUGGUGUGCGACUGGUUCUGAGGCUCACAUGACUUAUCAGAAGUAUGGACCUUCAAAUGGUUGUAGAAAAGAUGGUGAAGGUGGACCAUGGGCUAAUCAGGUUUACGGAGUGAAUGGAUGGAAACCGGAGCCUCUCAGUGAACUUUCACUUCUGGAUCUCGGUUGUUGGAGAGACAACGGAAAAAGGGCGAUUCCUGGAGUUGAUACCAUACUUACAAAACGAUAUGGACCUUAUACCGCAAGGAAGGAAGCCAUACAGAAAUGUGGUAACUUUGCAAAGAGCAAAGGAUAUUCAGUAUUUGCUGUACAAAACGGAGGUUGGUGUGCGACGAGUAAGAAUGCAGGAGGUACUUUUGACAAGUAUGGACCUUAUUCAACAUGUCGAAAAGAUGGCGAAGGAGGACCAUGGGGAAAUCAAGUUUACAAGAUUGUUGGCAACAAUUUCAAAAUACGAACUCGCUUCAACUACAUUGGGUGUUACAAGGAUACUGGAAAUAGAGCAAUUCCACAGGCAGACGGAAGAUUUCAAACAUUGAGAGACAAUUAUAAACAAAGAAGAAACGCAAUUAGAAAAUGUGCGAUGGUGGCUUCAUCUCUCGGAUAUGAAGUGUUUGCUGUUCAAAAUGGUGGAUGGUGCGCCACUGGAAAGGAUGCUCAUCUAACAUACGGAAAGUAUGGACUUUCAUCAAAUUGUAAGGAGGGUGGAAAAGGUGGAGUCUGGGCAAAUGCAGUAUAUGCUGUUAAUGGAUGGAUGCCAAUUUCUUUGAUUGAUCUGGGAUGUUGGAAAGACACCGGCAAUCGAGCGAUACCAAGUGCUGAUCACAUACUGGCCAAAAAGUUUGGUCCAUACCAAUCGAGAGUCGGUUCCAUACAAAAAUGUGCUCAAUAUGCCAAGAGCAAAGAAUAUUCAGUAUUUGCUGUACAAAACGGAGGUUGGUGUGCGACAAGUAAGAACGCAGAAGAUACUUUUGACAAGUAUGGACCAUAUUCAACAUGUAGACCUGAUGGAGAAGGAGGACCAUGGGGAAAUCAAGUUUACAGAAUUGCAGGAAAAUCGACUAAAAUUGGCAUAAGAUAUACUUCGAUCGGAUGCUUCAGAGAUACAGGAAAUAGAGCGAUUCCUCAGGCAGAUGGCCGUUUUCAAUCCCUUCGAGAUAGUUAUCCACAACGAAAGGAUGCCAUUGCAAAAUGCGCGAGAGUUGCAACUGAUCUAGGAUACAAAGUCUUUGCUGUUCAAAACGGUGGAUGGUGUGCGACUGGUACUGAGGCUCACAUGACUUAUCAAAAGUAUGGACCUUCAAAUGGUUGCAGAAAAGAUGGUGAAGGUGGACCAUGGGCUAAUCAUGUUUACGGUGUGAAUGGAUGGAAACCUGAGCCUCUCAGUGAACUUUCACUUCUGGAUCUCGGUUGUUGGAGAGACAACGGAAAAAGAGCGAUUCCUGGAGUUGAUACCAUACUUACAAAACGAUAUGGACCUUAUACCGCAAGGAAGGAAGCCAUACAGAAAUGUGGUAACUUUGCAAAGAGCAAAGGAUAUUCAGUAUUUGCUGUACAAAACGGAGGUUGGUGUGCGACGAGUAAGAAUGCAGGAGGUACUUUUGACAAGUAUGGACCUUAUUCAACAUGUCGAAAAGAUGGCGAAGGAGGACCAUGGGGAAAUCAAGUUUACAAGAUUGUUGGCAACAAUUUCAAAAUACGAACUCGCUUCAACUACAUUGGGUGUUACAAGGAUACUGGAAAUAGAGCAAUUCCACAGGCAGACGGAAGAUUUCAAACAUUGAGAGACAAUUAUAAACAAAGAAGAAACGCAAUUAGAAAAUGUGCGAUGGUGGCUUCAUCUCUCGGAUAUAAAUUGUUUGCUGUUCAAAAUGGUGGAUGGUGCGCCACUGGAAGGAUGCUCAUCUAACAUACGGAAAGUAUGGACUUUCAUCAAAUUGUAAGGAGGGUGGAAAAGGUGGAGUCUGG